AUCACUCUUGCGCUGGCUCUACCAACCAUGGAAGCUUUCAGCUUGCUGAAGUACUGGAGAGGUGGGGGAGUUGCAGGAAAUAAUGAAAGUAUCAUACCUGACAGUACUACCAUAUCCACCACUCUUCAACAGCAACCUGUGGUGGACACAGAUGACGACGAUGUGGACGAUGGGUCCUUCUUCGACAUGGAGUUUAAGGUGCCCGACAACGAUGAUGGUGAAGGCGGAGACGACAAUGAUAACAGCAGCGGAGUUGACGAGGAAGAUGACAGUGUGUCAUCGGCAUCAGCGGGAAUCGAUGGAGAGGGAGAGUUUAACUUCACGGUGUCUUCUGGGUCGAGCGAUAGUAGAACAGACCCGGACCCUUCACUUUCCCCUUCUGACGAUCUGUUCUUCAAAGGAAGGCUUUUGCCGCUCGAACCUUCGUCCCUCAUAUUCAACCAUUCUGAACCAAACUCCAAGCCUCAGUUCCCUGUCUCCUUGUUGAAAUCUGCAACCAAGUUUCGUAUUCUCAUGUUGGGAUUUAAGAAGCCCAAAUCGACGAUGGCUGACAAGAUGGAGAGAAACGCUGCUGAUGGGGCUAGUCCAAAACAGCAGCAAGGGAAAUUUUUCGCGGUGAAAUUUAAGGUGGAAGAGGUCCCCAUCGUUUCUCUGUUUACUAGAGAGAAUAGUUCGAGAAGCUUUGGAAGUAAGCUUCAGAAGCAGAACUCCGAAGAGGCAACCACGGAUGAUAAGAAGUUUUCGAAGGAUGUGGUGCAAAAGUAUCUGAAGAUGAUCAAGCCGCUCUACGUAAAGGUUUCGAGAAGGUAUGGGGAGAAGCUGAAAUUUUCUGGACAAUUGAGCUUGGGGUUAGGGAAAACGGCUCCGGCACCUGCGUCAACGACGACACCAGUUUGUUCUCCGAAAACAACUAAGAACAACCAGGGAAAAGCAGAGGAAUCCGAAGUGCAGAGCAAUGGGAGGAGUCAGAAACAGGGGAACUUGACUGCGGGGUUGCGAGUUGUUCGUAAGCAUUUAGUAAAGAGCAGGUCCGCGUCUUCGGCUGUGGCAGCCGUUCCGACAAUGCCGUUCCAGGCCAGCAGUAGACGAGAUGAUUCACUGUUGCAGGAGGACGGCAUCCAGGGGGCCAUCUUACACUGCAAGAGAUCGUUUACUGCUACGAGAGAUUCAGAGACCUCUAUGCUUUCGCGGUGUGCGAGCGAUCCGUCUCACGAGAAGUUGAUCAGUUCGUCAAGAAAUUCUUCGGAUCUCUCACACAAGAAAGCAGUUAAUUCGUCUUCAGAUUUCUGA